UCGAAGGCCAGCUGGUAUCACAGGCCUGAACAUUGAACAGACGAAUGGACGAAGAGUCUCGAUGUGGCUGGUUUAGUGCCUAAUUGCCCUAGGCUGCUACGUGCAAUUGGACACUUUGUUCCAACUGUGUGCUAGUAAAUGAUUCACAUUCCUCGUCUAGACCGUGACCCUUUUUUUUUUCCAAAUCAUGCGAUCGUGUAAUUUAACGGAGUCCACCUAUCAUUUAACAAAAUUAGCCUUAAUAUCGAUUGCAACGUGACUUCCGAUACCAUGUUCGUCAGAAACUCUUCUAGGACCUCUACCAAAGAAUUUUGGUAAUUUCGAAUAGACAAUCUUUGUCCUUCGAUCGUCUGGAGUAAUCGGUUCCUCGAGUCAUCGAGUACGCGCGGCAGAAACUGCGUGAAAUUUCGCGCAAGAGAUAGUGGGAUUGGAAUCUGAAUUUUGAAACCGAAAGGAACUGAUUAUGAGAAUUCGUUAAGGCCUACGACAAGGGGACAGUGAUGAGGCUGGAAAAGAGCGCGGAAGAUCGAAUGGAUCCUUGUGGAAGAUUGAUCAGUGAGCCUGAUAAAGCCACCAGAGGAGAGAAAUCGUCGUGAAAGGGGCUCAAGAGGGCUGGGAAUGAGAAUCGUGUCAAGAUCGAGCGUCGAGCGAAGGAGAAGCAUGGAGUAGCAGGCAACGGUGUUUUACUGGUCGGAAGGGCUCCUCGGCCGCGACAGGAAGAGAAAGAGUCAACAUGGAGAAAUACGGCGUGGAGUUGCCUAAGCACGAGUGGAGCCACCGGCUCAGCCUUCGCGGCAGUCGAAGAAGUCAUCAGGGUGAGAUGGCGACCAGAUCCGUAACCGGUUCCGUGAGAAGCACCAGGAGAUGGGCCAGUCUACGACAGCACGUGAGCAGCAACGAAGGAGGCAAGCCCAGGGUUGAACUGCUCCUCGAUCCUCCGGGAUCUAAGUCCUCGACGCCGUCCUCUCAGCCGCAUACACCCAAUACCCCUCGAACUCCACAUACGCCAUUGAGGAAGUCCAACUGGGAGGUAAUCGAGCACUUCACCGGUGCGCCACGUCCCUCUAUCAUCACGAUGAGCCGAGGAUCAGAAGUCGGGGUCGGCCUUACAACCGGAAGGGACAUGACACAGGAAGCGAGUUUUAAUGCACCGAUAACUCAGUCAUCGAGGAAAUGUGCGCUUUGCCGCUUUUUGAAGUCGCUCUGCGCCUCCCACUGCUUCAAAAACUUGCAGGUGGAGAUGCUAUACCAACGCUACUUCCUGCGGAUGAAUCAAAGCAACAUGACGCAUGUCCUCGGCCUACUAGCAGGGCUGGCCCUCGCCCUGGGUGUGCUUCUAGUAUUGAGAAUCAUUCUGGAAGGCAACCAACAAUUUCUGGAUACUUUGGAAAGACCGGAGAACCUAUCUCUAGCGGUCACGUUGGUCGUCUGCGUUGCAAUUUACGCCGCACUGGUAGCAGCCAUAUCCAGGCCGAGGAUGAACGAAAUCUGGUUAGCCGGUGUCAGUGGAGUAGUCCUGGUAACUCUGCUGGCACUGCAAGUGGCUUUGAAUAUACAUCUGGCAUUCGGAUCGAAGGAGCAUCGUAGCGGUGGGCCAUUGGCUGCAGCCUGGGCUGUCUGUUUCUUCAUUUACAUGGCAUACGCGCUACUUCCCAUAAGGCUGCGGCACGCGUGCAUCGCCGGUUUCAUUUUCUCCCUAGCACACCUGAUCGGAGCGUUCGUCCUCUACCCCUCGCACUACCCCGCCAUGAUGGAACACUUGCUAAGCUCUAUCGUGGUGGUGGGUGGGACCAACAUGGCUGGCGUGCUGACGCAUCAUCCUCGAGAACUGGCACAGCGGCAGGCCUUCCUAGAAACUAGACAAUGCGUCGAGGCUCGUCUCACCACGCAGAGAGAAAAUCAGCAACAGGAACGACUUCUAUUGAGCGUGCUACCGCGCCAUGUAGCUAUGGAAAUGAAAGCCGACAUCGCAGGGAAGCCGAAGGAUACCAUGUUUCACAAAAUUUACAUCCAGAGGCACGAAAACGUUAGCAUCCUAUUCGCUGACAUAUGUGGAUUCACAUCGUUAUCGGAUCAGUGCACUGCUGAGGAGGUGGUCAGACUGCUGAAUAAAUUAUUUGCCUGUUUCGACACGUUGGCAGCGGAACAUCAUUGUUUGCGAAUCAAACUGCUCGGAGAUUGCUACUAUUGCGUGUCUGGGCUUCCGGAACCGAGGCCAGAUCAUGCUCGUUGUUGCGUGGAAAUGGGUUUGGACAUGAUUAGUGCCAUUACCCUCUAUCGAGAGGUCGGUGCCGUGAACGUGAACAUGAGAGUGGGAAUACACACUGGCCGGGUUCAUUGCGGGGUCCUCGGCCUGAGGAAGUGGCAAUUCGACGUCUGGAGUAAUGACGUCACCCUAGCAAACUACAUGGAAAGUGGUGGAAUACCAGGACGAGUACAUAUUACAAAGGAGACCCUAGACUGUCUCGAUGGCUUUUACGAGGUGGAAGAGGGUCAUGGGGGUGAGAGGAACGCAUACCUGAAGGAACACAAUAUCAAAACGUACCUAAUCGUCCCUGGAGAUACAUUUAAGGGUAACUUACCCUCUUCUGGACUAAGGAAGGGUUUGCCAGCAAAUGGGAACGUGUCCAAAGAGAUGAGGGUGAUGGGCCAUGGGUCUCAGCAUGGGAAACAGGCUAAAUUAGGCUUCGGAGAGACGACAGAGACGAAGAAGGAUCCUGAGGAUGAGGUGAACGAGUACCUGAUGAGGGCGAUCGAUGCCAGAAGUAUAGAUCGAUUAAGAGCAGAAUAUUGCACUCCUUUUAUUUUAACUUUUCGUCUGCCUAAUGUCGAAGAAAAGUAUUCACGCGAAAGGGACAGAAUGCUUUCGGCGUAUUUCAUCUGCUCCGGUUUCGUGUACAUGGUGGUCGUGAUUGCCAUAGCGAUCACUCUGCAUGGGAGCAGAUACUUUUACACGUGCGUAACAGUGAGCACACUGCUAAUCGCGAUAAUCAAUGGGAUUUUAUUAGCAGAGAAGAACGAGAAAGUGCCGCAGUGUCUCCGGGAUUUCGCUGUGCACGUGUUCGAGAAUCGUGGAGUAGCACAGGCCCUGGCCACUUGCGUCGUGUUUCUGACCUUUGCCACAGCUCUGUCGCCGUUGCUGACGCUCGAGAGUGGACGCGUGUGUGGGAACAGCACGUUUCUGUUGGUCGAGUGGCCGAAUAAUUCCAGCGUGGUGUUCCAGAGUAUCGACACACCCGUCGAUGUUUGCUAUUACACCGUCUUCGCUGACCUUUUCCCUGUCCUGGUGAUGCUAGUCAUGAUAACCUGUGCCGUCUACCAAAUUUUAACGUCGGUGUUCAAAGUGGCCAUAUUGAGCCUGGUUGUCGCCUGCUACCUCGCUGUUAGCAUAUACGAAGCCAUACACGAGAGGGAAGUGGAACUGACUGGAAAAUGGCUAGCAGGGGUUUUAGUGGUGUUCUUCAUGGCAUGCCUGAUCGCGCAUUCUCAACACACGGAAGCUACUUACAGGCUGGAUUUCCUGUGGAAACUUCAAGCAACGGAAGAGAAAGAGGAAAUGGAACACCUGAAGGCCUACAACCAAAAAUUGCUGGCGAACAUACUUCCGGAACACGUGGCAGCUCAUUUCCUGUCCACGGUCAAUUCGGAUGAACUCUAUCACGAGCAAUGCGAUUUCGUUUGCAUAAUGUUCGCCUCGAUACCAAACUUUUCGGAGUUUUACGUGGAGCUCGAGGCGAAUAAUGAGGGCGUCGAGUGUCUUAGGCUGUUGAACGAGAUCAUCGCUGAUUUCGACGAGCUGCUCGCCGAGGAACCAUACAAAUACAUCGAGAAGAUUAAGAGUACCGGUGCUACAUACAUGGCAGCAUCCGGGUUGACGAAGAGCACCUGCGACAUGAAAGAUUACAAGCACGUGACCGCGAUGGCGAACUACGCGCUGAGGAUACGCGAACAGCUGGCCUCCGUUAAUGAACACAGCUUUAACAACUUCCGGUUGCGUGUAGGCAUCAAUAUUGGACCGGUCGUCGCCGGGGUGAUAGGCGCGCGAAAGCCGCAGUACGAUAUUUGGGGUAACGCGGUAAACGUGGCCUCACGAAUGGAGUCGACAGGCGUCUUGGAUGGGAUUCAGGUUACCCAAGAGGUCCGCGACAUCCUCAUCGCCAAAGGAUAUCCACUCACCUGUCGUGGAACGAUUCAGGUCAAAGGCAAGGGCAGCAUGGUCACCUACUUCCUCGAUGGACCCCGUGAUCCGACCAAGGCGACCAAUGUCAACGACAGUGGUACCACAGAGAGAACCACUUCUGCCACCAAUGGUAACGUGGACGGACCUGUAACAGCCAAUAUCACCGUGUGAAACAUCUACGUGCCGUGCAACCUAUAGAUCACAGCACGAAAGGAAUACCUUUGGCGUUCAGAUAUGACAAAAUGAUUCCGAACGACGAAGAUAAUUGCGAAUACAAGGAAGAGGGAGUUUCGUGGAGAAUAGUUAAAAUGAAUGGAUAGUUGCAGAGGAAGGUCGGAAGGGAGUUCUAUGUAUAGUAUCUU